AUGGCUGUCAGGAGGGCUCCCGAGUGGCACCCCACCGACCGGCGCCGAUCCCUCGACGUCAGCCGGAGGCAGCGCUGGCAUGUGACACGUUACAUUGCCGCUUCUCCUGGGGGGGGACGGCAAGAAGAAAGAAACGCACCCGUGAGGCAGAAGUUACUUUAUGUCUGCAACGGGGGCCGGUGCGGCUCCACCUGGGACGCCCCCCCGCCUCGCCCAGAGGGACCCACGGCGCGACCUGACCUGACCUGCCUGCACAAACCCCGGGGGCCGCGCUCGGCUCGCCCGUCGCCCCCUCGCCCACCCGCCUACCCCGGGUCCAGCUCCGGGCCCGCGGCCGCCCCUCGCCACGGCGGCGCCAAACUCCGCCAGCCCGCCCGGCGCGGAGCCCCCCGCGCCCUACCCCGCCGCUCCGCUCCCGGCCGCCGCGCCGGAACCGCGCCGCCGGCGCCGCGCUACGAGGAGCCGCCGUGGGGCAGCCGCCCGCCGGCCGGCGCCGGUUACGGGCUGGAGGUGCUGAAGGGCGGCGUGGCGCUGGGCUCGGUGCGGCUGGAGGGCGGCAGCUGGUUCCUGGUGGGGCGGCUGCCCGGCUGCGCGCUGUCCCUGGAGCACCCCUCGGUGUCGCGGCACCACGCCGUGCUGCAGUACCGCGGGGCGGGAGGCUCCCCCGACGGCCCCGCUGCCGAUGCCGCUGGCUUCUACGUCUACGACCUGGGCAGCACCCACGGCACCUUCCUCAACAAGGCCCGGGUGCCGCCACGCACCUACUGCCGGGUGCGGGUGGGCCACGGGCUCCGCUUCGGCGGCAGCUCCCGCCUCUUCCUCCUGCAGGGGCCUGAAGAGGACCAGGAGUCUGAGUCGGAGCUAACUGUGACACAACUGAAGGCACUGCGUAAGCAGCAGCGAGCAAAAUUAGAAAAGACGAUGUUGGGAGAGGACUCUGACGAAGAGGAAAAAGAGGAGAGAAAUGAUAAGGGUCAGAACAGUGAUAUGAGCUGCUCGUGGGGAAUGGGGGAGGAUGCUGAGGAGGAUGAGGUUGAAGAAAACCCUAUUGCUAUUGAUUUUCAAGAUGUACAAGAUGCCUUCUAUAUGAAAGAUCCCAGAAAGGCUUUACAAGGCUUUUUUGACAGAGAAGGAGAAGAGUUAGAAUAUGAAUAUGAUGAUCGUGGGCACAAUAGCUGGCUAUGCAGGAUCAAGUUGCCUGUGGAUGAUGCAUCAGGGAAGCAGCUGGUGGCAGAGGUUCUCCAUUCAGGAAAGAAGAAGGAAGCCAUGAUACAGUGUGCACUGGAGGCUUGCAGGCUACUUGAUGCUCGAGGAGUGCUGAGACAAGAAGCAGUAUCCCGAAAAAGGAAAUCAAAGAACUGGGAAGAUGAGGACUUUUAUGACAGUGAUGAUGACACCUUCCUUGAUCGAACUGGUGCAGUAGAAAAGAAACGACUGAACAGAAUGAAAAAAGCUGGUAAAAUAGAAGAAAAACCAGAGACUUAUGACUCCUUGGUCACAAAGCUAAAAGAAGCUGAAAAUGAGCUUUCUGAGAUAACAGAGAAGCUGAAGGCUUCAGGGAAAGUCCAGUCCCAGCCAGCAGCUCAAGAUUCCUUGGACGAAUUCAUGACCGAAAUAAAAUCGGGAUGCACCUUAGACAGCGUGGCACGAAAGAAGCUUCACUUGCGGUCCUUUGAACUGAAGAAAGAGCAGCAGAGACUGAAAGGGUUAAUAAAGCUCGUCAAGCCUGCAGAACUGCCUGAGCUGAAGCCUCAGAGUGGGAGUUACAGCCUGGAAGCAGAGAGCAAGCCCAAAAAGAUUACCCUGCCUCUCUUUGGUGCAAUGAAAGGGGGGAGCAAAUUCAAGCUGAAAACUGGAAGCCUAGGGAAGUUGCCUGUUAAGCGUCCAGACAUCCCUGAAAGCUUGUUAAAAAUGAAAGAUGAUGGACCAGAGGAGGAGGAGGAAGAAGAAGAGGAAGAAAUGGGGGAGCAGCAAGAAGUUGAUGCAAUAAAAAGCAGAGCAUCAAACCUGGAAAUGAAAAUGACAACAGAGGAAGAAACGGGAAAAGAAACUAACAAUGCUGAUGGUUCUCCUUGCAAUAACAAGAAUCUAGAAUCCCUUCAGGAUGAGGUUCAUUUUCAGCCUGAGCCAAAGAUACUACGGAAUAAAUCUCAAUUGGAACCCUCACAAGAGAAAUCUCAAGCAUCAGCGGCUGUAUGUAAGGAACCUGAAGAGACACCUGAGAAAGUUAAGAAAAUCAAUACCUCAAGCAAGGUCCAACAACCCUUUUUUUCCUCACAGUACCCAGAUGAUGACCCAGACUACUGCAUAUGGAUUCCUCCUGCAGGUCAAAGUGGUGAUGGCAAGACUCACCUCAAUGAGAAAUAUGGCUACUAAGCUUCAAGUGCCCCAGAGUACAUCUGCAGUUGGAAGGACUGCUCGAUUUGGGAUUUUUUCACCACAUGUUAAGUGAGGGAUAAAAAGAGUUGGGUUUUCAGAUGCUGUUCCAAAUUCAAGGACAUCAGCAGGCACUCAGGCUGUUAGCUCUCUCUGUGUCCUCUGUUUGUCUUCCAGAUACUUUUUUAAAAGUGAAAGCCCACACAUUCUUCUGUCUCUUCUUCAACUUAUAGCUUUGUCCUUUUUUAUUUGGUGUAAAACUGCAGGCUUAUUUUUCCUUUUGUAAAUAAAAACAUACAAAAAGUAUUAAAAAUACAUCUCUGUAUACUUAGAGGCUUGAUUAAAUUUAUUCAUGUUGGUUUUAUGCAAUUAAAAUGAGAAACACUCCUGG